AUGUUGAUGCACACCGACAGUAAUCCGCACGUGUGUGACAUUUGCGGUAAGGUUUUCAGUACCAAUUGUGCGGUGCAGUUGCAUCGGAAGAACGUUCAUGGUCUGGAUGAACCGUAUCAGUGUCCGGAUUGCGAUCGAGCCUUCCGGAGUGAUAUUGAGCUGCGACAGCAUAGGUUUUCCCAUCGUGCAGGAAGGCAUUUUAAGUGUAAAUUAUGUGGGAAGAAGUACAACUACAAUACUGGUCUAAAAUAUCACAUGCAAGCAGCACAUAGGAGUGAAAGUUUGUUGAACAACGACGACGGCGAAAGUGAGGUUAAACCGUCUCUACAACAGCUAGGAGUAGAUUCGAAUUAG